AUUAUAAAUCAUGUUUUUUUAUUUGCCUUAUAUAAGUUCUAAGCUAUUUUUACUUAAAACCGCUCUGUAGUGACAUUCCAUCCUUACAAAACUAGUAAGGGUGUUUUCACGUUAACCACAGAUCUCGCAUCAUUCGAUCACGCGCUGUUCUUCUGCAUGUGAGCGCGCCAGGACAAUACUCAGGUUUGUGCGCGCACGUUACAAAAUAUGUGAAAUGAAAAGUGAUAUAGCAGAUUUCUCUUUUAAAAGAGAGGCAGCAUACUCUCUCAUUGUCUAGUGAGAGAUGCGUAACGUUCGGUAACGAAACCGAAAAAAAAAUCAGAAGGCUAUAUAUUCGCUGCAUUUUGCUCGUGAUUUACACAACAUGGAACGCACUGUUCGUUUGCGCGCUUGAGAAAAGCAGGCGUCUAGCGUCAGUCGAAUGCGCCAACGGUCCCCUUCUUCGCAAUGUCCUUCGCCUACUCCCGCCUGAAGUCCCCAUGCCCCGAUAAGAGGUCUCCUUUUAGCGUGUUGCGGUUUGUUCUGUUUGGGGAGAGGUGUUUGGAGAUCAAGCGGAACGUUUGUGGUCUUAUGGGAGCCCUGCACAGUGCUAUCGAACAAGGAAAGCAACGAAGAAAAGCGAAAAAGCGAUUAGUGGAGAGGAAGAUUGCAAUUGCACGAGAAUACUCACGUACACUAGACGAUGAACUAGAGCGAGCGGAAAGGCACUUGAACGUUCUUCUCGACACCUCUGACGUCACUUCCUGUUCGUCAGCAACCCUCUCUGGCUGCACCACCGUGACCUUAUGCGCGAGCCUGCAGUCAUUGGUAUCAGAGAUGGACAGCGGAGUAUCUAUUGAAGAAGUCAAUACCCCGGAUGAGCUUUCGGACGAAACUGUUUCUUUGAUAAUGGAGUCGAGAUGCGAUAAACUUGACGACAACUUACGUGCCUCUUACGUCAUCUUCUCAUUUCGUGAAGGUUACUGGAGGAAAAAGAGGAUGAGAUUAUUAACAGUGUGGACAGGGACUCGUCCAAGCUCGACGGACUGCACCUGAAGAUGGAGUCGUUCCAAUUCCGUCAUUUCG